AUGGUGCUCAAGACGAUCUUCUUAAUGGGUGCACCAUUGCCUAGCAGCCUGGACUGGGAUAACGAUGAACUACUCAACGGCGCUAUACAACCAUUUCAAGGCACAGACAUCCACCAGCAUGAGGUAUCGAUCAUUCAAAGUGGAGAUCCCGUGAAAUGGAGAGUUCUCCAACCGCUUCACAUAGAGCAUCCCGCCAGCUACUUUGAAUUCUACCAUGGACAAGAGAAUCCAAGCUUUUUGACGGCAGCCCAGCUGGUGGAAGCUGAUGGUGAAUCGAUGAACGAGGACUCGAUCCUCUCGGAGUUUUAUGAUCAUUCAUUUGUCAUCCAUGAAACAUCGGAGAUAUUUGUCUCGGGACUGCGAGAUGAAGAAUCUACACAGGAGAGCGGAGGUCCGCUCUCUUGUAUAGAUGCAGCCUCCACAAGGACGGCAGCCGAAGUAAACGACGAUGAGGAACCUCGGUCUCUACGAAUCUCUGGCCCGAUUCGCGAUCUGCAAGACCUUCCUACAGCAGGAUAUCUCCAGUCCAUCACACCGCAGACAAUGACGGUCAACUUGAUCGUGGGGAUCAUUGCGAUCCACCCACCCCGUCGCGUGGUGACACGACGAUGGAAGACCGAGCUUGACAUCAUUGAGCUGAUAGUCGCCGACGAGACCCGGACAGGCUUUGGGGUCAAUUUCUGGAUUCCAGCCCAAAAGUCCAUCUCCUGCAAGACCCAAGACGCAGAUCGACUCGGCCGUUCACUGGCCAUGCUCCGUCCACGAGACAUCAUCUUGCUCUCCACUGUCGGGCUCAGUUCAUUCCGGGAUCAGGUCUACGGACAAAGUCUGCGGGGAAGAAUGACCAGAGUCGAAUUGCUACAUCGGCAACCAGUGGACGCGACGGAUACGGCUGGAUUCUACAAGGGUGAUUUGCGAUGGGAUAGCUCCCCGGAUGAGGCUGAUCUUCCGUUGCAGAAAACUCGCCGAGUUCGCAAAUGGGUUCUCCAAUUUGUGGGAGCAACGGAUGAAGCAGGCGGUGGCCCAUCAGGAAUGUCUCGGACACAACGUGGCCAUCAGCGGCUGCCCCCGGACACUCAAUGA